AUGGCAUCCUGGUUCCGCGGUAUCAAUGCGAAGAUUCGCUCUCGCCCUAUGCUGAGCUAUUUCUGCUCUACGCAUUUCUGGGGUCCCGUUUCGAACUUCGGUAUCCCCAUUGCAGCUGUAAUGGACACGCAGAAGAGUCCAGAGUUGAUCUCCGGCACCAUGACCGGUGCUUUGAUCAUCUACUCGGCAACCUUCAUGCGCUACGCCUUGGCCGUCUCUCCCAAGAACUACCUGCUCUUCGCCUGCCACUUCAUCAACGAGGGCUCGCAGCUUACGCAGGGUUACAGGUGGGCGCAGUACAACAAGUGGGGUGGUAGAGAAGAGGAGUUGAAGCUCAAGGCUGAGAGUGGGGUCAAGGGUGCUGUGGGCAAGGUUGAGGAAGAGGCAAGGGCGGCGCUUGAUAAGGCCAAGGAGAUUGCUGGGAAAUAA